AGGUGUCAACAACAGCAAGGUUGGACCGCAGGGGCGGCGAAGUGGGGCCAGGGUAAUCAGCGAAUGCAAAAUGAAUUAAACGGAGAGCGAGACGAAAACAAACAGAAACAAGUGUCAUAAUCCUAUCCACAUCACUCGGAGAUAAUGUCGAGCGAUGAACUGUAUCGCGUAAAGUACUCUAGUUCGCGCUAUCAGCGCCAGCACACGCCCUUGAACGCUAGUUCCUUACACUGGCAGCGCCAGCAGUACCACGAGAUGGACGAACUUCUCCGCAGGCGGCUCCUGGCCUCUCCUGCCUAUGUGGACAGGCUGGAGCAGGAGGCACUUCUCGCCGGACACGAGGGCUGCGUCAAUUGCCUGGAAUGGACCACCGAUGGGCUUUGGCUGGCCUCUGGAUCCGAUGACUAUCGUGUGAUGAUCUGGGAUCCGUUUCGGAAGAAACGUGUCCAUGUUAUUAGGACCAAGCACAUGGGAAACAUGUUCUCGGUGAAAUUCCUGCCCAAGACCAACAACAGCAUUGUGGCUACUUGUGCAGCGGAUAAAUUUAUUUACGUCUACGACAUCAAUCACUCGAAUGAGACCUUAUUUGCAUGCAACUGUCACCUUAUGCGCGCAAAGCGUCUGGCCACCGCGCAGGAUUCGCCACAUAUUUUUUGGUCGGCCGGAGAGGAUGGAUGCAUCUUGCAGCUUGAUAUGCGUGAACCACACCGCUGCCGUCCGGAGGAAGGCAGUGGCGUCAAGCUCCUGAGCCUGUGCAAUCAGGUGGAAUCCACGGCGGAAGCCAAGUGCCUGGCUAUUAACCCCAGGAGAACAGAGUACCUAGCAGUGGGAACCAACGAUCCCUUUGCCCGGGUGUACGAUCGGCGCAAGUUGCCCGCUACUGAUGGAAAUGGUCUCUCCGCCUGCGUGGCCUUCUAUGCUCCCGGACAGAUCGUAAAAAACAUCAGCCGGAACAUUGUUCACGAGUCGCGAGCCAUCACUUAUCUUACGUUUAACGGCAAUGGCACGGAACUGCUUGUCAACAUGGGCUGCGAGCACAUCUACCGCUACGAUCUGAACCAUGCUGAGCCUCCGGUUUUCUACGAACUACCCGCCUUUACAUUACCAGUCUCUCAGGAGGAUGAGCCGGUAAAGGCGCCGCACAAGAGCCGCUCGCUGCCCUCCAGCAUUGAAAUGCAUAAAAAGGAAGGAAAUGAGUUUCUUGAGAACGGCAAACUUGUGGACGCGAUUGAUGCCUAUUCAGCGGCUUUAGCAAAAUACCCACAAGGAGAGGUUCUUUAUCUGAACAGAGCAACAGCUCUGAUGCGCCGCGGCUGGUUUGGUGAUAUAUAUGCCGCUCUAAGAGAUUGCCACGAGGCUCUUCGUCUGGAUCCUAGCUACGUGAAAGCCCACUUUCGACUAGCCAGGGCUUUGCUUGAGCUACAUCGUCCCCAGGAUGCUGAUAAAUGCUUGCAGGCUCUCAUACAGCGCUUUCCCGACUUCGCCAACAAUCACGGGGUGCUAAUGCUGAACAAGGACAUUAAGGAGAAUCGCCGGCAGUCCCAAAACACCGAGCCACCCGAACCAGAGCCAGUAGCAAUGGAGGAUGGAUUCCGAUACCUGCGGCUAACAGACGCUGAGUAUGAUCUUCGUUCCACCGCCCGGGACUACAUGCAACGCUAUGUGGGCCACUGCAACAUUACGACUGACAUUAAGGAAGCAAACUAUCUCGGUAGCCAAGGCGAAUUCAUAGCCGCCGGUUCAGAUGAUGGCAAUUUGUACAUUUGGGAGGGAGAUACGGGCAAGAUACGUGCCGUUUAUCGGGCAGACAGUGCCAUUGUCAAUUGUGUGCAGCCGCAUCCGAGCAUCUGUAUGCUGGCCACCAGUGGCAUUGACCAUGAUAUCAAGAUCUGGUCGCCAUGCGCUGCAAGUUCGGAGGAACGACCCAAUCUUGUGGCGGAUGUCUCGCGCUACGUGGAGGUUAAUCAGCAGAAGAUGCGAACCGAUCCAUUCGAACUUCACACGCGCAACGCGUACUGUUUCAAUAACUAAAAACCGUAGUUUAAUGUGAAUCUAGGUCUAAAUCCACUGCAGUGUGCAGCGUGCGAGAUCCAAUCGGCAAUAUAUCAAAUAUUAGUGUAAUGUAAAAUAAGCGAACAUAUUUUUGUUAAUUUGUAAACGAACUAUUGUAUACAGAGUACGAUGACAAUGGAGGUGAGUAUGUUAUGAGAGAGUAUAAAAAUAAAUUCGAAGAAAUCACAAAUCGUCCCGCUUUCGAAUCGAAAAUCAAUAAAAAGCUUAAGAGGA